AUUGGCUGCGGCGAGGCCUCGCGGGCCGGCGGCUAUGGAGGAGGCGGCCGCGGUUGAUGGUUGACUGCUGGCUCCAGGGUAGGGGUCGCCGCUCGGGCGAUCUCCUCAAACCUGACCAGAGUGCUUGGACUGCUGACGUUCGGCCUGGAGCCCGCGGGCGAGACCUAGUUGGGCUCCGCCAUGCGGGCCGGGAGUAACGAGCCGGACGGCGUCCUCAGCUAUCAGAGACCAGAUGAAGAAGCUGUGGUGGAUCAGGGUGGGACCAGUACAAUUCUCAACAUCCACUAUGAGAAAGAAGAGUUGGAAGGUCAUAGGACUCUGUACGUGGGGGUCCGGAUGCCGCUGGGCCGGCAGAGCCAUCGGCACCACCGAACCCAUGGCCAGAAGCAUCGGAGACGAGGGCGGGGCAAGGGAGCCAGCCAGGGGGAGGAAGGCCCCGAGGCCCUGGCCCAUGACACGCCAUCUCAGCGUGUUCAGUUCAUUCUUGGCACUGAGGAGGACGAAGAGCAUGUGCCUCACGAGCUGUUCACAGAACUGGAUGAGAUCUGCCUGAAAGAGGGAGAAGAUGCCGAGUGGAAGGAGACAGCCAGGUGGUUGAAGUUUGAAGAAGAUGUUGAGGAUGGGGGAGAGCGCUGGAGCAAGCCUUACGUUGCAACCCUUUCACUGCACAGUCUCUUUGAGCUAAGGAGCUGCCUUAUUAACGGAACGGUCCUUCUCGAUAUGCAUGCAAACAGCAUAGAAGAAAUCUCAGACCUGAUCCUGGACCAGCAGGAACUGUUCAGUGACCUGAAUGACAGCAUGAGGGUUAAAGUACGGGAAGCCCUUCUCAAAAAGCAUCAUCAUCAGAAUGAAAAGAAGAGAAAUAACCUCAUCCCCAUUGUUCGCUCCUUUGCUGAGGUUGGCAAGAAACAGUCUGAUCCACAUUCAAUGGAUAAACAUGGUCAGACUGUGUCUCCUCAGUCCGUUCCAACUACAAGUCUUGAAGUAAAAAAUGGAAUGAAUUGUGAACACAGUCCCGUGGACUUAAGCAAGGUCGACCUUCAUUUCAUGAAGAAAAUUCCCAGUGGGGCAGAGGCCUCGAAUGUCCUGGUUGGAGAGGUGGACUCUCUGGGCCGCCCCGUUGUCGCCUUUGUGAGGCUGUCUCCGGCAGUCCUUCUCUCGGGCCUGACAGAAGUGCCCAUCCCAACAAGAUUUUUGUUUAUCCUACUGGGUCCAGUAGGGAAAGGUCAGCAGUACCAUGAGAUUGGCAGAUCCAUGGCCACCAUCAUGACAGAUGAGAUUUUUCAUGACGUGGCAUAUAAGGCGAAAGAGCGGGAUGAUCUCCUGGCGGGGAUUGACGAGUUCCUAGACCAGGUGACGGUGCUGCCUCCAGGGGAGUGGGACCCCUCCAUUAGAAUUGAGCCACCCAAAAACGUCCCUUCCCAGGAGAAAAGGAAAAUGCCUGGAGUUCCAAAUGGAAAUGUUUGCCACAUAGAACCGGAACCACAUGGGGGCCACAGCGGGCCAGAACUUCAACGCACUGGGCGGCUGUUUGGGGGCUUGGUGCUGGACAUCAAGCGGAAGGCCCCCUGGUACUGGAGCGACUACCGGGAUGCACUCAGCUUACAGUGUUUGGCCUCCUUUCUGUUCCUGUACUGUGCCUGCAUGUCACCUGUCAUCACCUUUGGGGGAUUGCUCGGAGAAGCCACUGAGGGGCGCAUAAGUGCAAUUGAAUCCUUGUUUGGAGCCUCCAUGACUGGGAUUGCCUAUUCCUUGUUUGCCGGACAGGCUCUCACCAUCCUUGGAAGUACUGGGCCAGUGCUUGUGUUUGAAAAGAUUUUGUUCAAAUUCUGCAAAGACUAUGCUCUUUCAUACCUCUCCCUGCGAGCUUGUAUCGGACUGUGGACCGCCUUCCUGUGUAUUGUCCUUGUGGCAACUGACGCCAGUUCCCUUGUCUGCUACAUUACCCGCUUCACUGAAGAAGCGUUUGCCUCCCUGAUUUGCAUUAUUUUCAUCUAUGAAGCAAUAGAAAAGCUGAUUCACCUGGCAGAGACCUACCCCAUCCACAUGCACAGUCAGCUGGACCACCUUAGCCUGUAUUACUGCAGGUGUACUCUCCCAGAGAACCCAAACAAUCACACCUUACAGUACUGGAAGGACCACAACAUCGUGACAACAGAAGUCCACUGGGCCAACCUGACUGUUAGUGAGUGCCAGGAGAUGCAUGGAGAGUUCACGGGCUCUGUGUGUGGCCACCAUGGACCCUAUACUCCCGAUGUGCUCUUUUGGUCCUGCAUUCUAUUCUUCACCACCUUCAUCCUCUCCAGCACCUUGAAGACAUUUAAGACAAGCCGCUAUUUCCCAACCAGAGUCCGCUCCACGGUGAGUGACUUUGCUGUUUUCCUCACUAUCUUCACAAUGGUGAUUGUUGAUUUUUUGAUUGGAAUCCCAUCACCAAAGCUUCAAGUUCCCAGUGUGUUCAAGCCAACACGGGAUGAUCGAGGCUGGAUUAUUAGUCCCAUUGGCCCCAAUCCCUGGUGGACUGUGAUAGCUGCAAUUAUCCCAGCUCUUCUCUGCACUAUCUUGAUAUUCAUGGACCAGCAGAUCACAGCUGUCAUCAUUAACAGGAAGGAACACAAGCUCAAGAAAGGAUGUGGCUACCACCUGGACCUGCUGAUGGUGGCCGUCAUGCUGGGUGUCUGCUCCGUCAUGGGCCUGCCCUGGUUUGUGGCUGCAACUGUCCUGUCCAUCACACAUGUGAACAGCCUCAAACUGGAAUCUGAGUGCUCUGCCCCUGGAGAACAGCCCAAAUUCUUGGGUAUCCGAGAACAGAGAGUAACAGGCCUUAUGAUCUUUGUGCUGAUGGGCUGCUCAGUCUUCAUGACAGCUAUAUUAAAGUUUAUCCCGAUGCCGGUACUCUACGGAGUUUUCCUCUACAUGGGAGUGUCUUCACUACAGGGAAUUCAGUUCUUUGAUCGUCUGAAGCUCUUUGGGAUGCCUGCAAAGCACCAGCCAGACUUCAUCUACCUUCGGCACGUGCCGCUGCGCAAAGUGCACCUCUUCACCCUCAUCCAGCUGACCUGCCUCAUCCUGCUUUGGGUCAUCAAGGCAUCUCCAGCUGCCAUUGUCUUUCCAAUGAUGGUUUUGGCCCUGGUCUUUGUCAGGAAAGUCAUGGAUCUCUGUUUCUCUAAGCGGGAGCUGAGCUGGUUAGAUGAUCUCAUGCCGGAAAGCAAAAAGAAGAAGUUGGAUGAUGCCAAAAAGAAGGCCAAGGAGGAAGAGGAGGCUGAGAAAAUGUUAGAAAUGGGGGGAGACAAGUUCCCCUUAGAGAGCAGGAAGUUACUAAGUAGUCCUGGAAAGAACAACAGUUUCAGAUGUGACCCCUCUGAGAUUAAUAUAUCUGAUGAAAUGCCUAAAACCACAGUCUGGAAAGCUCUCAGUAUGAACUCUGGAAACACAAAGGAAAAGAGUCUCUUCAACUAAAAGUCUUUGCUGGGAUGGAGGAUGUGGGCCGUGAGGUGCCACAGGGAAGUUCUGGUUACAGAGAAGAUGACGAGUGUCUCAGAGAAGAAGCGAGCCCGAGUCUGGCCCUGUCCUUGGUCCUGUCGAAGCCACGCGAGCAUUCAGUUAUUGGUGGUGUGCGUCGGAGGGCACCGCCUGGUAUGAGUGUGGAAGCAGAAGACCACCUCCCGUUGGUACUUCUCCUCUUCCUUCUCUUUCUCUUCAGAACUGCCACCACCGAAGACCCAGCUUCCCAUUUGCCAGACAUUUCCUCCGAAACCCUCUGCUGGCCUGCUGAGCCGUAGGGAUCUAUUCUGCCACUGAGGAUUUCCUCGGUGAGGUCCCUCUUGCUCAAGGACAGGGUGAGGAAGUAGGAGGAGAGCAGAGAGGAAAAGGAAGCCCCUCCAGUCCCAUAGUGGCCGCAGGCUCCUGGGCAGCCCCGGGCCUUGGUCUGGUUGCCUGCUCUGGGGGAUGCUGGCGAGACCCAGAGGCCACCAGGAGGGUCUGCUCGUAGGAGGGUCAGCCCUGGGCCUUGGCAGUGCUCACCACCCCAGCCAGAAGAUGCCUCUGGCCUGGUGCGUCUUCAUCGCUCCCUAGCAGCAGUCUGCAUAACUCAGCAAGAACCUUGGAUGAUGAAAGGGCCAAGGGGGACAUUGAAGUUGCUUAGCUCAGACAGGGAAAGGCCUGGGGGAAAAUCAGUGAUGGCGAGUGAGGAUGAACAGCUUCUCCUAACUCCACUGAUAGGGUAAGAGAACAAGCUUCAGUGGCUACAGAAGGAAUUAGUUUAGACACCAGGAAGGACUUCCUAGCCUGAAGAUUUGUCAUAGUGUCUGCUUUCUAGAUAUCUGGGAAAGGUUUGACUGUAGUCGUUUGUGAGUAGAAAAGGAGAUAAGGUGUUCUUAAUUGGCCAUGUUGUGGAAACAUCCAUGUCCUGCUGCUGUCUCUUGAGGACACACUCUGAUUCCAUUCCUGGAGAGAUCCAAGUGCUUACGUAAUGUCUCCUUAGCUGCCUUAGUAGCAAACCAUCACCAACUCAAUGGACCAGACCACCUUCAUCAUCCUGGAUUUUUUUGUUGACAGAUGUUCUGACUUUCAGAUGUAAAAAGCCACAUUGGGAAAUGAACUGUAAGUGGUGAAAUUAAUUUUGUUAUUUAGUUUAAAACUAUAUUUAUAGUUUCUGUCUCCUCUUCUCUUUUGCAAUGAAUAUCGAGGGUUUGGGCUCCAUUGUGUAUAGACUUUCCCUUCCUUUGUGCACAGAAUGUGACUAGCAAGCAUGUCGGUACCCAGGGGAUCUGAUCAGUUCAGUUUCCCUCCUGGAAAAUAUUUGUACGGUGGGACCGUCCGUCGGUGUGCUCUCCUUUCAUAGGUGAAGAGUUGGCUACGUUACUUUAUUGAAUUUUGCAUUCCUUAGACUCAUAAAUAUAUUCAGGUAGUCUUACUCUAAGGACCUUUGAUACUGAAGGAAUCCUGCCUUUUUCCUAUUUCCCUAUCUCUUAGAGUCAGUCCUUUUAAUACACAGAUGAUUUUCAAAAUACUUAACAACUGGUACAGAAUGGGCACCAACCACUCAGAACGGAUGCCUGCUGUAAACAAGCAGUAUGUAUGGCCAUGCCAGUGCCUAUUGGCUGAACGUCACGGGGCUUUCAACUAUUAAAAUGACAUUCCUUUGAAUUGUGGGUAUUGUUCCUGGCUUGUCUGAUUUCUACUCACAAGGCUGUUUCAGGGACAGCCUCGGCAUCCUUUCAUAUGCUGCAGACAGGAACAGGCAUGCUUCUUUGAACUAUAUGGGCAUUAAAAUCUUUGAGAGCCAAAGCUUCACAUUUUAUCACUUUAGGAUAAAUGUAAUAUUGUACCCAUCUACCUACCUAAUUUAGAAAAAUCAUAAGGCAACCUGUCAUUGGGAAAAGCUUUCCUGCUGACUUUCCCUGUCCCUCUCUGCUUCUGUGAGCUUUUUGCCUCCUUUUUCAACUUCUCUGUUCUCUGAGGACAUCCACACACACCACCACCCCCACCGCUUUUCUUCCCCCAUCUUGCCCCGCCCAUCUUUUCCUGCCACUUCUGUAUAGGGAGGGUGGUGACCGCUUCACCUGUUCCCCUGGCCUCGGCGUGGCGAUGAGGAAUACGGCAGGGAAGAGUCCAUCAUGCAACAGAACUACGUGGCAGAGUCACUCAGAAAAACCUCUCUACUCACACACUGACGUCUUGUGAUGCCCUGUGCUGGCAGGCUUCCUGAGAGUGGGGAGCCGGUCUUUGUUAACUCUGUGUAGUACGCUUCCUGAGCCAGACCCUCCCAGCUUACCGCGCCUUCGGAACGUUAGCUACUUUGGAAGGCUGUGCCAGUCUUUUUAGGCUAUUAGAUUUUCUUCAAACAACAGCCAGCCUCGUUUGUGCUACAUCUCAGUGGUAGGAACCAUUCCCUACUCUUCCUCUCUUAUCUUUCCCGAGUCCCACCCAUCCCUCAGCCCCAGUCCUGGCUGCUUCCCUGCUCAGUGGCUGGUGACUAUGGGUUGCAGAGUCAAGUGGGGGGUGGGGUGUUUAGGGUAGGAGACUGGGACUGGUGGUGGAGCAUCAGCCACGUGUAUGUACCUGUGUGUGUAUGCACGUGUGUCUGCCAACAAGUGAGAGUGUAUCCAUGAGAUUUCAUUGCUGCUGCUAAACAACCUCGUGCACCUGAGCUGUGGGGACAUCAAAAGAAUAUGGUCAUUCUCCCUUCUAGCGCUUCCCCUCUCUAGUCUGAUAGAAUUGCCUGAGGGCAAAUACAGGUAGAUUAGUCUUAGAAAAAGGUGUUUAAGCUCAACAUUAAUGAGACACUGAUUUAGGGGUAGAAAGCAGGUAGUUAGGUAAUUCCCAUGCCCAGGCUUGCUUGGGCCAGAGAAGUAGUCCACCUCUUUUCUGACAAGGGUAAAUUCAGGAGGCGUUUGAGUGUUGGCAGGGCAAUGCCUGAUAGGCUAGCAGUGUAGAGGAGGAAGGGAGGGAGGCCGGAGAUUUAAGAAAAUGAUGGUGAGUGGACUCUUGCUUCUAAACAGAAGAACUGGCAUCACUAAGUGGGUGGGUUACGUCCUAGCCCAUGACUUACGGAAGGGGUUGGUUUAGAUAGGAGGUGAAGGCCAGCAGAAAUAUGCUGUGAAAUUGCUCAGCACGUCUGGUUGCAGGAAAUGCAGGCUAGUUCUCUGUAGCUGUAUAUGAUUUCAAACUUCUGAUAAUGGGAUUGUCAAGAGAGCUGGUCUUUACUGCACACAGCUCCUAUCCCCCUUCUCCUUGUUGGUAUAAAUUUGCCUUUGGGGUAGAGAACCAUAUAUUUUCAAAAGAUGUUAUAAAUGUUGCUAUUUCUAUUUGUCUGAGAUGUGUCUGGCUUUUAAAUUAGUCAUAAAUGUUUGAUAAAAAUCUGGCAUAUGCUAAGUCUUAGGUUUUGUUGACAUAUCAGGCUGACAAGAGGUCAGACCUUCAGAGGUCUCUGGUUUGGGGAAUCUGGUUUCCGGUCAUUCAAAAAAACACAAUUCCCAGUUCGACUUUAUUUUCUACCUACUCAGUGCUCUAGUCUUCUCUCUUAAUAGAGGAAUCAGUAAUUCUCCCUGCAGCUUCUCUGUCAACUUCAAUGUCCACGUUUGGAGUCUCCACAUUUUCCUGAUGCGUAGGAGAAGGCUUGAGCCCGGGGCCCGUGGCUUUCAUUUUAACCAGCGUCAGACAUGCUAUUAAGUAUGUUCUCUCUGCUACUUAAUCAGCUUCUCUAAGUGUCUUCUUUUGCUGGAGAGUUAGUGCCACCUUCUUACACCUUCCUCAGACUUCUCAGGUUCCCAAGCCAUAUCCUGGCAGGACAUUCAACAUGCAUCGGAUGUUCUCAGGCUUCUUGACUUUCUUUUGGUUGUAGCUGCCAGGACUCCUAAGGUAGAAAUCCUUCCUGUCGGCCCUGACUGGCCAAAUGAGACAGCGUCUAAGCUCUUUCCCCUUGUACUGACUCAGCUUUUUCACAUACUCCUUCCCGUCCUUUCUGCCUUUUCCUCAGUCUGUCAAGUUUUCCUUGGAGGGAAGAAGUUCUUGGUCAGAGGUCCUAACCACCACGGCCAGUUAGGGCUGGUGAGAGGGGGAGGAGGCUGGACGGUUCUGGGGCUCCUCAAAAAGGUGAGACUUACGGUUAUUUGCC